AUGGAUGUUCAACGCCAAUUCCCUACUGUGCAUUGGAUUUGGGGGGGAGGAAUUUCUUUUGUUUACGAGGUCCAUCCUUUAAUUGUGGUAAAGGUCCCGAAAUCUGGAGAGUUUGAGAGAGAGCAAUUCCAUAAAGAGCUAGAGAUAUAUCGAAUAUUCGCACAAAAUCGGCCUUGUCCGUCUAUCGUGCAAUGUUUCCUCUUUUCGGACAACGGCAUCUUCCUCGAGUACAUGAGAGACAUGUCACUUUCUUCUAGAAUACAGAAAAACCAUGUUCGAGACCAGGAAACCAUGGUGGUUACGAAAGUGGAAAAGUUGGAACCUCUGUCCUUGCGCAAGGAAUGGAUGAACGACCUCGCUGAAGCUGUCGCUUUCCUGGAAUCACUUAACCUCGCUCACGGCGACCUACGACCGGAAAACAUCCUACUUGAUCGCAACCGAUUAAAACUAUCGGAUUUUGAUUGCGCGGCUGAAAUCGGAACAAAUUACGAAGCAUGCAUGGCUCCAUAUGGCAGGAUACUUAAUAGUAAUGACGUGGACCAAGGAGAGUGUGGAACUUUCGGUUUCCUGAGCCCUCGAACAGAGCAGUUCGCGCUCGGUUCUUUGUUCUAUCUCAUAAACUAUGGCUUUGAAGUCUAUGGGGAUCGAUGUCUUACAGAGGAUCCCUACGAGCAUGGUCCUAAGGUCGUGGACUUACUACAGAACAUGGAGUUUCCAAAAUUGGAUGGCGAUCCAUUAAUUGACAGUGUCAUCAAGAAGUGCUGGCAUCACAAAUAUGUCACGGUUUCAGAAUUGGCCGCGCACACAAAAAGGCUUUUGCAUGAAAGAACCGAUCCGGCAGGAAGUAACGGAGAAGGAAACAGAGAGGAAGGAAACAAUGGAUUGAAAUCCCCCGUCAAAUUAUCUUUCAUCGUCUGGUGGCGUAUGGUUAUGGGCCGCCUAAUUCACGGGGUAUGGCAUGGCCUUGUUAAGUUGUGGACGUCGUUAUCACACAGGACCAAGGGCAAGGUAGCAAUCACUGAGCGAGCUCAAGACGACAACCCUGAUGACGUGGAUAGAAACCUGGAGGAGGAAUUUCUUUCCAAAAGAGGAGUCUGCCUGGACUUGGAGAGGCGUGGACUUCUUCGUCUACUUUGUUCGGGUGAGCCUGAGCAAAUUGGGUUUACCUUUGACUGGUAUAGACACAGUCUCUGA